AUGGCGCCGAAGACGAAGAAGCAGGCUGUGUCUCGCACACAGCAUUACGAGUUCUUUGGCCCACCUGGCGCUGCUGCCAUUAGCUUUGGCCUGCCACUACUUGUCUACGCAUUCGCGUUCGCCUGUAACGAUAUCACCGGAUGCCCUGCGCCUAGCCUGCUCCAUCCGAAGUCGCUGAAGCUCGAUGUCCUAAAACAAGAGGUCGGUUGGCCGAAGAAUGGCAUCUGGGGUUUGGCUAGCUGGCGCGUAACCGGCUGGACACUGGCCUACUAUCUCUGGCUGGCUCUCCUUUACAGGAUUCUGCCUGGAGACGUAGUUGAGGGAACGCAGCUUCGCAAUGGCGGACGGUUAAAGUACAAACUUAAUGCCUUCGCCUCUAGCAUGUUCACCCUCGUUAUCUGCGCCGCCGGCACUAUCGCCCAAGGCGCCGAUUUCCCCUUGUGGACUUUCAUUGCCGACAACUACGUCCAGAUCCUGACCGCGAAUGUCAUCAUCGCCUACACCCUUGCUACUUUCGUCUACAUCCGCAGCUUCAGCGUUAAGCCGGGUAACCCGCAGCUGCGCGAGCUUGCGGUCGGCGGUGUGACUGGUAACAUCCUGUAUGACUGGUUCAUUGGACGCGAGCUCAACCCACGCGUCACGCUCCCAAUCAUUGGCGAGAUCGACAUCAAGCAGUGGAUGGAGCUUCGUCCGGGCCUGCUCGGCUGGACCCUGAUGAACUGUGCCUUCGUCGCCAAGCAGUACCGCCUGUAUGGCUAUGUCACUGACAGCAUUGUUUUCGUCACCGCAGUCCAGGCGCUUUAUGUCCUUGAUAGCCACUACUUCGAGCCUGCUGUCCUGACCACGAUCGACAUCACCACCGACGGCUUCGGCCUGAUGCUCUCUUUUGGCGACAUUGUUUGGGUGCCAUUCAUCUACACGCAGUCGACACGCUACCUUGCUGUUCAUCCCCAGAAGCUUGGUUACCUUGGCUUGGUGGGCGUCACUGUGCUGCUCGUUGCCGGAUUCGCUAUCUUCCGUCUCUCAAACAGCCAGAAGAACGCGUUCCGUACCAACCCCAACGAUCCCAGCGUCAAGCACCUCAAAUACAUCGAGACCAAAGCUGGCACGCGCCUGCUCAUCUCUGGCUGGUGGGGCAUUGCUCGCCACAUUAACUACCUUGGUGAUUGGCUUCAGGCUUGGCCAUACUGCCUGCCGACUGGUCUGGCCGGGUAUCAAAUCCUUACCGCAGGCAGCGAGCUGGCCGAGGGCGCGGUUAAGAUGCUGGAUGGUCGCAUCGUUGUUCCUGGCGAGGCUAGGGGCUGGGGGACCAUCUUCACCUACUUCUACGUCGUGUACUUUGCUACGCUGCUGCUCCACCGCGAUCGCAGGGAUGAUGAAAAGUGUUCGAAGAAGUAUGGAGAGGACUGGGAAAAGUAUAAGGAGAUCGUGAGGUGGAGGAUCAUUCCGGCGCUGCUGCAGAAGCCUCGCAGCGAGUGCACGGAAUGGGAAAUUGCUCAAAUUGAAGAAUGGGAGAUGGCCAAUGGCCCUCUGUCUCUCCUGCAGACAGCUGUGAGGAGUCACACUCAGGUCCUUAUUAGUGUUCGCUCCGGUCGCAAGCUGCUUGCUCGUGUCAAGGCUUUCGAUCGCCACUGCAACAUGAUCCUUGAGAACGUGAAGGAAAUGUGGACUGAAACUCCCGUGACCAACGGCAAGAAGGGCCGGCCAGUGAACAAGGACCGCUUCAUUAGCAAGAUGUUCCUGCGUGGCGAUAGUGUCGUCAUUGUUCUCCUGAGCUGA